AUGGGUGACUACCCGAAAGCACUUGAAUUUUACGAAAAAUCUUUGAAAAUCAAGGAACAAAUCUUGCCUUCUGAUCAUCUCGAUUUGGCUGCUUCCUACAGCAAUAUCGGAUUAGUGUAUAAAAGUAUGGGUGACUACUCGAAAGCACUUGAGUUUCAUAACAAAGCGCUUAAAAUAAAAGAAAAGGCUCUACCCCCGGAUCAUUCCGAUUUGGCUAAUUCCUACAAUGACAUUGGUUCGGUAUAUCAUGACAUGGGUGAUUAUACAGCAGCUCUUGAGGCUCUUCAAAAUGCUUUUCAGAUUCAACAAAAAACAUUUGAUGAAGAGAAUUUAGCUAUCAGUCGUACAUACUGUUGGUUUGGAAAGAUCUAUCGUGGUAUGAAAGAUUACUCAAGGGCGUUUGACUAUUUUGAAAAAUGUCACACAAUUAUUCAACGAGUCUUACCAGAAAAAGAUCCCGCUCAGGCAAUAAUAUAUAGUAAUAUUGGUGAUGUUUAUCGGUUAAUUGACAAUUAUGAAAUGGCACUUUCAUUUUAUCGAAAAGCAUUGGAUAUUCAAGAAAAUGUUGAAUGUAAUCCUCUCGAUUGCGCAACAACAUAUUCAAAUUUAGGCGAAACAUAUCGAGAAAUGAAAGAUUAUUCAACGGCAUUGAUAUAUUUGCGACAAGGAUUACAAAUUCGUGAAAAGAAACUUCCAAAGAAUCAUCCUGAUUUAGCUGCAAUCUAUCACAAUUUGGCAAAAUUACAUUUAACCACCCAACAAUAUAGUAUGGCCAUGGAAAAUAUUCAAAAAGCGAUGGACAUUGCUCAAGAAAAGUUACCUUCAAAUCAUCAACAUCUUUUGGACUAUAAAGAAACAUUUGAACAAAUUCGAAAGAAGAUGUAA